AUGUCAUGCGCUCAAAAUGGAUGUCGGGGCGGUGGUCGUGGAACCAAGGAACCACUCCUCAUUGAUGCGGUCAUUGGCAAGGUGGUUAAACGCAACCGUCGGAACCUCUCCGCCGCCUGGAUAGACUACAAAAAGACAUUCGACUCGGUGCCUCAUACAUGGCUUAAGAGGGUCCUCGAGCUGUACAAGGUUGACUGUACGGUUCGAGACUUCCUCGGGCAGUGUAUGGGGCAGUGGAGUACGAUCCUUUGUCAUCUAGGCCAGCGGAUGACGGCUGCGGAGAACCACAUAAGGAUAAGAAGGGGUAUCUUCCAGGGCGAUUGUUUAAGUCCAAUCUGGUUUUGCCUCUCUCUGAACCCUCUCAGUACCUUACUGGAGGGUUCCGGGAGGGGAUUUCAGCUUCGGAAAGGAGGUACAAAAGUGACCCACCUUUUCUAUAUGGAUGAUCUCAAGUUAUUCGCCUCCAGUCGCUCCCAUCUUGUGGAAUUGCUAAACAUCACUUGUGAUUUUAGCAAUUCUAUUGGAAUGGAGCUGGGGACGGAUAAGUGUGCGAUCCUCCAUGUCGAAAGGGGAAGGGUUGCUAACUCUGAGGGCAUGGACUUAUCUAUGCCCAUCAGCAUAAGGACCCUUUCCGAGGCUGAAACAUACCGAUACUUGUGUAUGUCACAGAACAUCGGUGUCGAUGAGGCGGGUAUGAAGCAGUCAGUUUGCGAAGUGUUUAUGCACGCUUGA